AUGGAGCAGAGUGGCUGGCUCCUGCUGCUCGUGGGCUUGCACGCGGCCUGCGUYGCCCGUGCGCAAUGCCCAGAGCAGUGCCAGUGCGUCCGCACCGCCCAGGUGGAGUGCUCCGGUGCCGGCAUCGCUGCCGUCCCCAGCCCCAUCCCUGCCAACACCAUGACCCUGCAGAUCAUCAACACGCGCAUCACGGAGCUGGGCGCCGCCUCCUUCGGCAACGCCUCCAUGCUCAUCGGGCUGCGCAUCGAGAAGAACGACCUGUCRCGCCUCAGCCCCAGGGCCUUCCAGUACCUGCCCUCCCUGCGCUACCUCAGCCUGGCCAGCAACAAGCUGCAGGAGCUGCCCUUGGACGURUUCGAGCCCUUGGGCCAGCUGGAGUCGCUGCUCCUGUCCAGCAACCAGAUCCUCCACGUUGAGCCCUCCCACUUCGCCCAGCUGAGCAACCUCAAAGAGCUGCAGCUGCACGGCAACAACCUGCACGAGCUCUCCGAGGGGGUGUUCGACCCACUCACCAGCCUCACCAAGCUGAACCUGGCCAGGAACAACAUYGAGCGCCUGCCACCCCAGGCCUUCGAGCGGCUGACACGGCUCCAGGUGCUGCGGCUGUACGAGAACCGGCUCCGGCACAUCCCUGCGGGCACGUUUGAUGGGCUGCCGGAGCUGGAGGAGCUGGGGCUGCACCAGAACCAGCUGGAGACGCUCUCGCCAGAGCUCUUCACACACAACGAGCGCCUCCAGAAGCUCUAUCUCUCCAACAACCUCAUCACCGCUCUGCCCAGUGGUGUCUUCCUGCCCUUGCGUGCCCUCUCCAAGAUCACCCUGCACGUCAACCGGCUGCGGGAGAUCGCCCCUGGUGCCUUCGGGUCCAUGCCCAACCUCAAGGAGCUGUGGCUCUAUGACAACGAGCUCACCRGCCUCCCUGAGGGCAUCUUCAGCAACCUCACCGAGCUGCAGCUCCUGGUGCUGAGCAAGAACCAGCUGCGCUCGGUGUCGGCGGGAGCUUUCCGGGGCCUGGGCGAGCUGCUGGAGCUGUCGCUGCACAGCAACGCGCUGCAGCGCCUGGACGCCGGCGCUCUGCAGGGGCUGCCCAAGCUGCAGAACAUCUCGCUGCAGAGCAACCAGCUGCGGGGGCUGCCGCGGGGCCUCUUCGAGGCCACACCGGCGCUGAGGAAGGUGCAGCUGCAGGGCAACGUCCUGGAGAACCUGCCGGCGGGCGUCUUCGCCCCGCUGGCCGCCCUGCGGGAGGUGAGGCUGCACAACAACUCCUGGCGCUGCGACGAGAAGAUCCUCUCCCUCAAGACGUGGCUGGAGGCCAACCAGCACAAAGUGGGCGAGAUCCCACCGGUGUGUGCCCUGCCGCUGCUGCUGCGGGGCGCUCCCAUCGUGGGGCUGCAGCGCGAGCAGCUGCUCCCCGACGGGCUGCCCACCACGGCCGAGCCAGAGCGCUUCCCGGCCACCUCCCAUCCCAGCACCGCGCUCUCGGCACAGCCACCUGCUCCAGCCGCCACGGCCACGGAGAUGGGGCACCCCACGGGGCUGCCGACUGCGCCCGGCCUUGCCGAGGAGGAGCAGGAGGAGAGGGGGCAGUGGGGGCUGACGCGGGUGCAGAGCGGGGUGGUGGUGGCAGUCAUCGUGCUGGUGUGCACGGCCCUGCUCUGCGCUCUCGUGGCGCUGGUGGUCUACAGCUGCAGGAAGAAGAGCAAUAUCGUGCUCAUGAGGAUGAAGGCGCCCAACGAAGCCUGA